AUGACGAGAGUCUGGUUUAUCACUGGGUCCUCCCGCGGUCUUGGCCGCGCCAUCGCCGAGAUUGCUCUCGACAACGGAGACUCUGUCAUCGCUACUGCUCGCAAGCCUGAACAGCUUGCUGAGCUUGUUGAAAAAUAUGGCAACGACCGUGUCCUUCCAGUCGCUCUAGACGUAACAAACAACGAGCAAGUCCUCCAAGCCGUCAAGUCUGGACAUGAGAAAUUCGGCCGCAUCGACGUCGUUGUUAACAACGCAGGAUAUGCCAAUACGGCCUCGAUCGAGGAUAUUGAUAUCGAUGACUUCCGUACCCAGGUUGACGCCAAUCUCAUGGGCGUCGUUUACGUUUCCAAGGCUGUGAUCCCUAUCCUUCGCCAACAGAGAUCAGGUCAUAUUUUCCAGGUCUCCUCGGUUGGCGGCCGUGUCGGCAUUCCAGGUCUUUCCGCCUAUCAGUGUGCUAAGUGGGCUGUUGGCGGAUUCUCUACUGUACUGGCUCAGGAGGUGGCUCCUUUUGGCAUCAAUGUUACGGUUCUUGAGCCUGGUGGUAUCCGGACCGAUUGGGCUGGCUCAUCUAUGCAAAUUCCUCCUGUUAGUGAGCCUUACCAAGCGACUGUUGGUGCCUUCGCCGCAUUUCUUCGCCAGUUAUCUGGAACCGAGAUUUCUAUGCCGAACAAGGUUGCCGACAUUGUGCUGAAAGUUUUGGGUGAGAAAGAGCCUCCUCUUCGCCUUCUUGUUGGCCCUGAUGCGGUUGAACAUGCUGGAAAGGCUGCCGAGGUGCUCAGUGCAUCUGACAGGAAAUGGGAAGAACUAAGCAUUUCGUCAGCUUAG